AUGGCGAGAAAGGCGACAGCAAGGCAGGCGUCGGCCCCUGGUGCCAACUCUGAAGACAAGGCGACGGGCUUCACGCCUGAGAGGUUUGAAAAGGAGCUUCAAGACUUGGCUGACAAGGCCCGGAGCGACACGUUUAGCAAUCGAUUUUUGGGCCAAUUAAACAUUUACAUUCGCAUCAUCCUACUUCUAGCCUUCCUUGCGCUCUACUCCCAUGUCUCUCAGCUCAACCUCUCACCGGUGUAUGGAUCCAUUCCCUCAUCAAUAUGGCACACAAAGCUCGUGAUGGGAGGGUGCUUCCUGGGGUGGGCUGGCAACACGUUCCUGCGAGAUUCAUUGCCAAUUACCCCGGCCAAAGCCCUUCCCAUGGUUGCCGUCGGCAUUCCCGGUUUGCAGCAUUUUCUAGCUGCCUACAGCCAGACAUUCGGCGCGCAAUGGGGUCCCGUGGUCACAGAGAGCCUCACGCUACUACCGUUGGCACUAUUCACAUCUGCUUCGGUGGCCGAUUACUGGGAGGGGGCACGAUUGGGCAUGUUGCCAAAUUUUGUGGCUGAUGCCGGGCCUGGCAUUGGGUCUUGGGCCCUGUUCAAGUUCUUUGAAGGCCAGGUUGGCGUGUAUCUGCCCCGGAUCAUGGGUAGACUCCUCGUAUGUACUAGACUGGGCUUUGAGAUUGUCCUCUCGGUUGCUUACAUGGUCCUCUCGCCUUCAAAGUACCUCAUUUACGCGGCAUUCCCAUUCCUCCACACCAUUUUCCUGAACACCCAUCUGCAGUCUCGGGCCGCCACUCAGAGUCUAAUGAGCUCUCUGAUGACUGAUAACUGGUUGUUCAUUGAGAGGCGUGAGUCGGUGACUGGUUAUAUCUCAGUCGUACAGAGCAUAGAGGAGGGCUUUCGGGUUAUGCGUUGUGAUCAUAGUCUACUGGGAGGGGAGUGGAUCAGCCAUAGGGGGGGGCCGGUAUCAGAGCCGGUUUAUGGCGUCUUCGCCAUGCUAGAAGCUGUUAGAUUGGUCGAGUCGGCAGCGCCCGUGGAUGACAAGGAUGCCAAAGCAUUGGUGAUCGGACUUGGUGUUGGCACGACGCCUUCUGCGCUUGUUUCCCAUGGAAUCAACACUACCGUCGUAGAGAUGGAUCCAGUUGUUUACGAAUUUGCAUCCAAGUACUUUGAUUUGAAAGAAAACAAUCCACCCGUAUUGCAGGAUGCUGUCAGCUACACCGCUGAGCUUGCCACAACAGCACCCUCGACCUACGACUACAUCGUUCACGAUGUCUUUACCGGCGGGGCCGAGCCCAUUGAUCUCUUCACCCUUGAAUUCUUCCAGGGCCUACACACGCUGUUAAAGCCCGAGGGCACUGUUGCCAUCGUAAGUCCACCUCAUCGACCCUUUUCGCUGCUAAACACGCCAAACUUGCUCACAAGGUUGCCACAGAACUACGCGGGUGAUUUGACCCUCCCACCACCCAAAGUCAUCUACCGCACUAUCAAGCAAGUCUUCCCAACUUGUCGCAUCUUCCGCGAAAUGCCACCAGAUGCAGAGUCCCUCAAAACCAAGGGCAUGGAUUUCACCAACAUGGUCAUUUUUUGCAAGAAGUCAGACAGUAGCCCACUUACCUUCCGACGUCCCACAACCAAGGACUUCUUGCAGAGCCCAGCUAGACGGGAGUUUUUGGGUUUGCCCAACGAGAUUCCUGAAACAGCUAUGCUGAUAGGAGGCGAUGAGGGCAUCUUGAGAAAGAAUGAGACGGCAAAGUUGGCCAAGUGGCAUGAGACGAGUGCUUUGGGACACUGGUCGCUAAUGAGGACUUCUAUUCCGGCGCUGGUAUGGGAGAAGUGGUGA